AUGUCUUCGUUCCAGCAGCAGGAGAACCCCCGCGGCCCGUGUCCAUGCGCCGCCGGGUGCAGCUUCUUCGGGAGCCCGGAAACCCUCAACAUGUGCUCCGUCUGCUACAAGAAGCACUGUCUCGCCGCCGAGCCGGGAGCCAACUCCGCCGCCGCCGCCUCGCGAUCUGCUGUCGCUGCCGCUCCGGCCGGCACCACGGCUUCAUCGUCUACGGCGGCUAACCCCGUCGCCGACGUCUCCUUCUUCGCACCUGCUGCUGGCGUAGGUGAAGCAGCGGUCGUGCCGCCGUCCUCCGUAUCACCCGGGGCGGCGAAGAAAGCGCAGCCGACGCGGUGCGCGGCGUGCUACAAGAAGGUGGGGCUGACGGGGUUCGUGUGCCGGUGCAAGAAGACAUUCUGCGGGAGCCACCGCUACGCGGAGGAGCACGGGUGCAGCUUCGACUACAAGGGCGCCGGCCGCGAAGCCAUCGCCCGCAACAACCCGCUCGUCAAGGGGGAGAAACUGCCCGGCAUGAUCUGA